AUGCCGAUGGUUACCUCUGACAAAGACCUGCCUAAGCUGCUCGACACCCCCACGAAGCAGGUCAAAUGGAUAAAGAAGCUGGUCAUGGAGCACCUAGGUAGUGCCGCAAAGCGUUUCGACAAGCCCCCGAUGCAAGGGAUGUUCAGCAGGACCAUGUUUGUGACUCUGGCAGACGCUCGUGAGGUAGUGGUACAAUUUCGCACGGAACCGCUUGACGUCGACGCAUUUAAGGUGGCAAAGGGCGCUCUUGGUCCGUUUGUCCCCGACGCAAGAGCUCUUGAAAGCAAGGAGCUGGAGGAAGAAGGUGCCUGGGCCUACUCAUUCCCACACAUGCCAGGCAAGAUGUGGCACCAAGGAGUCGCUGGCCGCGGUGCUGAAGGACGCAUUGCGGUCAACAAGUCUCUCGGUCGUGUCUUUUCAAAGGGGUGUCUCGCGGAAAACAGCAACGAGGCUGUGGGCAAGACGAUUCGUCCGCAUCUGGACGCAACCCUGGCGUCGCCGCUGCAAGAGAUACAGCCAUUCAAAGACACUCUUCAGGGCUUUGUCGACAAGCUGGACGACUUGGUGCAGCCACCCCUGUGGGUCGCCCAUUACGACCUCAACGACGUCAAUGUACUUAUUGACGACAACUGCGACGUCACCGCGUUGAUUGACUGGGAGUUGUCUUCCCCACUACCUUUCGGCGCUGGAUUCGGCCGCAUCCACAUCAUCGCUGGCGAAUACACCGGGGGCGAGUUCUGGAUGCCUGACGAAUUCGAGGUUGCGGAAAGAGGUUUCUGGGAGGAACUCUUCGACGGCAUGCCAACGCGCAUCCGGGACAUGCUGGAGAAGCGACUUGGACUGGUGCAGGAUGCAGUCACUCUCGGAACAUUGCUCGACUGUUUCUUCCUCGACAACGGGACGGUGGGCUGCAGUCAGGUUGCUUUGAAAGCACUUCCUAAGUUUCUGACAUAUGAAAUUCCCCCAGUCAGAGGGCAGAAGAAGCCCUACCAAGGGUGA